AUGGUUCGCAACAUGAUUUCGAAAACUGACUUGCUUAAAAGCCUAUGGGGAGAAGCAAUUAAAACAGAAAACUACAUACUUAAUAGAGUGCCUAGCAAGUUUAUGCCUAAGACACCUUUUCAAAUUUGGACUACCAAAAAUCCUAGCCUGAGACAUCUUCAUGUAUGGGGUUGCAAGACUGAAGCUGGAAUCUAUAACCCCCAAAAAAAGAAGCUUGAUCCUAAAACGAUAAGCUGUCAUUUUAUAGGUUAUCUCUCAAGAUCAAAGGGUUUUAGAUUUUAUUGUCCAAAUUAUGGUACCCGAAUUGUUGAGACUGGUUGUGCAAAGUUUAUAGAGCAUGAGGAGAAUGCCACUGGGAAUGAAGACUUUAUUUUUGAAGAAGAAGGUGAUGUAGCUGUGAUUGAGAAUGCCGAACAAGAUGUUACACCUUUGAUUCCUUUAUGUGAAACUGUAUUGGAAAAUCCUCUAUUUGAAGAACCAAUUGAACCACAAGAACAAGCUGCUGAGAAUCCUGAGCUAGAUGAUCCACAAGAACAUGUACAACCGAGGAGAUCUGACAGACCAAGAAGAUCCACAACAAAUUCAUAUUAUGUGUACUUAUAA